AUCCCGACUACAAAAGGGGGGCUGCGGGUGGCGAGGGCGGAAAAAUCUCGAGUGUGCAGGCUGCUGCUUCGCACCUCGAGAGUAGGGAAGAGAGAGUCUCGACAGCCGAGCGGAGGAGUCAGCAGCAGGCAGCAGCGUUAAUGACGAAGGGGGCAGCGGGGGCAGCGGGGGCGGGGAAGAAGACUGUCCUGAUAACGGGGGCGAGCCGGGGGCUGGGCCGCGCGCUGGCGGUCGAGAUGGCGCGCCGCGGCCACGCCGUCGUCGGCUGCGCCCGCUCCCACGACGCCCUCCACUCCCUCCACGCCGACCUCCAUCCCUCCCCCUCCUCCCCUUCCCCUUCCCCUUCCCCUCACCUCCUCACCACCGCCGACGUCAGAUCUGACGGCAGUGUCCGGGAGCUGGCGAAGCUCGUCGCGGAGAGCCGACGGGUGCCUGAUAUCAUCGUGAACAACGCGGGCGCCAUAAACAAGAAUAACAAGAUAUGGUUGGUUCCAGCUGAAGAGUUUGAUAUGGUCGUCGACACCAAUAUUAAGGGAACUACCAAUAUACUCCGCCACUUCUUGCCGCUUAUGAUAGAGAAGAAGCAAGGAAUUGUAGUCAACAUAUCUUCUGGGUGGGGGAGAUCCGCUGCUGCUGAGGUCGCUCCCUAUUGUGCAACAAAGUGGGCUAUUGAGGGAUUGACACGGUCCGUGGCAAAGGAAUUGCCUCCUGGGGUCGCAAUUAUUGCUCUUAGCCCUGGUGUUGUCAACACCGACAUGCUUGCGUCGUGCUUUGGGAGCUCUGCCGCCUUAUAUCAGACGCCUGAAGCUUGGGCUCCGAAAGCGGCUACGAUGAUACUUAAUCUAACGACGGAGGAUAAUGGUGCUUCACUCACUGUGUGAAAAUGUUAAUUAGGCAUCUUUUGUGCCAUUUUUGUAGCCUCACUUUGUUGAGACAAAAUUCUUCGAAUAAUUCGAAGUUUUAUCUGAAGCUAAUCAUCUAGGAUACUUUGCAGUUAUUUGUAUGUUGUGUCGAAAAAUGUUUUUUUUUUUUUUUUUGAUAAUUCUCUGAUACAUUGUUAUGUAUAUACAUGGUUCCUAGUUAACACAAUUAAUGUAUGUUAAUUUUAAUUCUAA